GGAGACCUGUCCACCACACUCGAGUCUUACAGAAGCACGUCAAUGUUUUCUCGUGCAUCCAUUCCAAUGCAGAAACCUGAUAAAAUGGUUAUCAAUUGUUUCCAGAAAAAGGAAGGACCAAACGAGAGCGGACUGGAAGGUUUUCCGGGAAAACGGGACGCUAGAAAAGUAGGAACUAGAGCAUCUCUGCACUUCGGUAGCCGCGCAUUCAUGACCGGUUUUGGAAUGGAACAAGCGAGUACUUCAUCUCCACUCGCUUGUCUCUUUCGUUUCAGUUCAGUUGCAUCCAUGUUGUUUCAGGCCGACGAUGCACAUUUUAAUUAACGUGAAAACAGGUAGGUCCGACAUUCCGCAACCCGUUUUGGAACAGGAAGCGAUAUCUCUUGCUUUGCGAACCACUCAGUCCACUAAAUACAAUACAUUUACUCUUUUAGGCCCCAGAUAAACCUACGUAGAUUAUCGUUUCAGGUAAUCCCUCUGAGGUUUGGGGUAUUGAACUCUUCUUAAUGUUGAAGUGAGAUGCUGGAGGCUCCGAUUUGCUUUUGAACUAGCAAAUAUGUGGUUUUCAGAAGGAAAUCAGCUUAAAGCGACGUCCUAUUCGCGACGACCAGAUAAACUGUAGAUUCUGUAGAGUUCUCAAGAGCUGCAGUUAUGUGCGUACGAGAGUCGCAGAUAGGCUGCUUUGGCGAGCUCGUUGGUUGGUGGGUUCGUUGGGUCGUGUCGGCAGUCUCAUUGGGGUGCAACGAGCAUAGGCGCUCCAGCGGCAGGUUUGGGUUGUCGUUUUUCUGUCUUUAAAUGGGUCGAGCUGAUUUAUCAGAUUGUCUUGUUAGUCAUCUUUCCUGUCAUCGCACGUGUAUUCCUGUGUUCAGGCCACUCUGAUCCUUUCGGUGCGGCGCUUCCAUUUUUCACUGGGAUUCCUGCCAUCGCUGCUAGCGAUUUACGCACUUGUUCCCAGUUUCUACUAUGGAGAUUCACGGGGAAACUGGAAUAAGCGGGACAGAGUGCGUGGAUGUGUCUGGGGUUCUGCAUCAGAAAAAACACGGCACGUGCGUCCCCACUCCACGAAAGUUUCGACAUUACACUACCCUCCCCCUGCUUGGCAGUUCUAUCUGGUUUUUCACCGUAUUCCUUCAAAUGAUGAGAAGUGACAAUCUGUCAGGCGCACCCGUGGCAUGGGCUGCACCUGAGGACAGCUCGGAAAACAAGGACCUGUGUGCUGAAGUCCCUGCGUUUUCGUUUGAGGACUUUGACGAGCAGCCCGAUUCUUCGCAGGUUUACACGAGUGUGGCCGUAUUUCGGCCGACAAGCAUGUUUCGUUCGGUCGGUCUCGUUCGGUUUGUUCGCGUCUUUGGGGUCCCGAUUGUGGCCUCGAGUUCCGUAGGAGAUGCCGCUCUGUCGCACGCAUCCAGCAUCUUUGCUGACUUCCUCGACAACGACAGAGACGGCAGACCUGACAGUGAAGAUGCAGUAAACACCAUGAGGUCGUACAAGGUUGUUCUUGGGUUCACAAAGGACACGGAAGAAUCUACGGAGAUGUGGACGAAUCGACUGGAACAACCACAAGCGAAACAGUUCCGCGACCAGUACAACUGCAACCUUCGAUUUUUCGAGUUGUGGCGCUCAGAUAUCAAUCCUGCGUGGCACGUGAAGCGCCGAGAGUACCUCGCAAGCCUAAAAGACCAAGAAACAACCCCGUCCUCUGACUCCGUACAGCGACGGAAGCAGUGUGCCGACUUCCGCGCUGAGUCCUUCGACUGGCCCAUGUGGUACUUCCCCUUUACAAUAUCCUACUACGGAUUUCUGGAUCUCCUGACUGAGGACCAAGUUAAAAAGCUGGAAAGUGCUAUGCAGACAGCGAAGAGUCUGCGGAAGUUUGACAGCCACUACGACGACGAUGCUGAAAUGGAAAAAGGCGACUUUUUUGCCUGGUCUCUCGUCACCAGGAUUGGCGGCACUCAGUGUCACUGCGAUGCCAGCGACGUCGGAGCUACGUGGAAAGUGUGCACGCCUGAGGAAUUCAAGGCCCUUUUCGAAGAGUGGGCCGCCGUUCUGGAUGCCAUAAAAGGACUCCCACAGAAGAUCUACGACGCCAUGUAUGCCAGUCCUGCGCUCGCAGGUGCUUCUAAUUAGUAGGGACAGCCGGAAGCUUUUUCAGAAAGAACGGUGGGACCCUCUCGUCCUUUUGAAACGAUGCAUUUCCUACGUUAAGCACAGAAAGGAAUGCUGCAGUCCCAAUAAGUUGUUUACUGACAGGAGGUUCUCCGACGCAGUGACGGUGCGUCACGUGGUUUGCGACUUACUCAUGCAGAUCUCAAUGAUUCGACAGGGGAAGAAUUAUGUGGCAGUAUCAAUA